AGGAGGUUCUGGUCAAGAUUUUGAGCAUGGUCAAGUUUUCAAGGCUUCACAACUGAUGCCAACAUAAAUAUCUUUAUCUUUUAUCUUUAUAAAUAUCUUCUUUACCAACAUAAAUAUUAUCUCUAUGACAAUAGUUACUAUCGAUAAUUCCAUUGCACUCACAUGAAGCGUUACCGGUUUUACCAUGUUAUUCAAAUGUCUAGAUCAAGCAUUAAUUUUUUUGUAUGACAAUUGUCUAUAAAGUAUUUAUUUUAAUAUUCAUGACAAGUGAAUAAAUGAAUAAUUUGAUCAGUCAGUAUUAUUCCUGUAUUUAGCAUUUACCACCAUUCUAAAGCUCUACUACCAAACUUAUCAGGCAGCGUUUCGAUCUGAUCACGGAUGACAAUGGUCUAUAUUUGUGAGGUCCACGUUAUAAUGGCAGUGAAGGAAGAUAGGAGCAUAGCGUUGCCCAUUCUCUGCCUGCCACAUAAGAUAGCUGAUACCGAUAGUACAGGACUCAAAUCAUGGAGACUCAAUACGUUUAUUCAAAGAAAAGAAGCGAAUUUGGUCGCUAUCAUGCAUUUACCGAUGAUUCUGCCAAACUCCUGGAAAAUGUCCCUGUCAACAGAUCUUACACUGAUGAUUAUAUUCUCAUGGACCCUGUGCACAGGGCUAAUCAGUGCAGUAAGCAGUUUGCGGUUAAUGAGGUAA